GUUCUGAAUUUUAUUAAUACGCGCUCCCUUGGAAGGCGCCCAUGCCCACCACCAACCUUAAAAAAUUUUGCGCUUGCCGUAUAAGAAGGCCACCCUCCCAUCUGUCGUGCCCAGGCGCUCGUCUUCAGUUCGCUACACACCUUUAUACUUUUAUAUACACCUGCUCUAUAAUAUCCAAGCCAGCACAGCUUUAUUCACGAUGGGCAGGAUCAGAAACGGCCUCCUUUCAUUCGUCUUUGGCAGAGACCAGAGCAGCGCCAGCAGCACGCUCUGCGAUACCCCUAGCCAGCCCACAAAUCGCCGCAACUACAGGCCGUCGCGCCGGGACAGCCCGAUGGCUGACGAGAAGAAGCCGCAGACAGGCCGCGGCAAGCAGCAGGUUGCGUGCCUGCCAGCAUCGGCUUCUCACGGCCCGUUCAUACAAUCAAACAUCUAUCGCAACCACGACCGGCAGUUCAUCUGUAUGAACCACACCCGCAUCUACAAGACGUUCGCAUCGAACUCGCUGGUUGCGCUGGAGGACGAGGGCGUUGGUCGCCUCAAAGGCAUAUUUGACGUCUGGCUCACGAGGACUGGCGAGACACCAUGCGACAAAUUGGGUGGAUUCUUUGCGAUUGGCAUGGUUGCAGCAAACGAGCUUGAGGGAAAUAUCGUCACUGAGGGGAAAUCAUACCUGCAUACCCUGCGCAAACACGAUAUCACAUGCUUGUACACUGGCUCCGGGCUCAAGCGCGGCUGCAAGGUUAUCAACGACACUGCCGCGUUCACAGGCACCGAGCUCUGGAUCAAGGGCAGUGCGCCCAUCUCCGGUCCAUGGAUCCAGACCAUGCAUGUCAGCCCCUCGGACCGGUACAACAAGCUUUGCCAAAUCGCGGGACCGAUGCCAGACUACAACAAAUUGUACAACACAACGCGGGAUUUGGUGACGAAGCCCAAUCUUUCGUCUGCAUCUAGCUGGUCGGGCGUAUUUGAGCUCGACAGCGACGUGUACAUCUAUGUGUGCCGUCUGGCGCAGUGCUCCAGCGUUGAAUAUACGGCCAAGGACCCUGGGUCGCGCGGCCUUACGCCGCCUGCCUACAACAUGACCAAGCUGCGGCGGGCCACCACGCUGCAGGCUGACCAUCGCGCGCUGUACAGAGUUGUGUUCCCGCAGCCCGGAUCCAUCCAAGCCGAGAGUAUCCACCGCCAAACGUCGCGUGACCAUGAAAACAGUCUCCAGUACCGCAAAGCGCGCAGCAAGAAGCGCAGCGUAUACAUCCAUGUCACAAGCACCUAUGACAAGGACGGAAUCGCUGGUCGGGGCGGCGGUAAGCUGUACCUCCCUGGCGACGUCACCAUCUCCAACGGUGAUGGCAUCAACAUGAUCAACAUUGUACCGGGAACAAAGUUUUCGAUCAAGAGCGUUGGCUUUGACCGGGCAGAGUUCCUACUUAUAGACAUGCCAAGCACCGAGGAAGAUGCGUACAGUGUAUAGCACGGCCUCUAUUUCCAAAAUUGUUUCUCUAUAUAAUCAAUAGCCCUAAUGUUUGCCAUGCCAUACAACUCUACCGUUGCUAGAAAUCAUUGUGACAACCCUCGGUACGGCAUUGCUUUCAAAUAUUAUGUCUGCG